GCCUCACAGGGAGUCCGCGCCUAAGCGACGCGGGAAGGCGCCACCGCCGCCGCCGCUGGCCAAGGUGCUGGAAACGACAGGCCGGUCGGCCGCUUCGCCAGCUCAAGCACCCGUUGCAGCUGCUGCUGCUUCGCUCCAGCUCCGUCCUCAUGGAAGAGAUGGAAGAAGAGUUAAAAUGCCCUGUGUGCGGCUCCUUCUAUCGGGAGCCCAUCAUCCUGCCCUGCUCUCACAAUUUAUGUCAAGCGUGCGCCCGCAACAUCCUGGUACAGACCCCGGAGUCUGAAUCCCCCCAGAGCCGUCGGGCCUCAGGCUCCGGGGUCUCCGACUAUGACUAUCUGGACCUGGACAAGAUGAGCCUGUACAGCGAAGCGGACAGCGGCUACGGUUCCUACGGGGGUUUCGCCAGUGCCCCCACUACCCCGUGCCAGAAGUCCCCCAAUGGCGUCCGCGUUUUCCCCCCGGCUAUGCCGCCACCGGCCACCCACCUGUCACCGGCCUUGGCCCCGGUGCCCCGCAACUCCUGUAUCACCUGCCCCCAGUGCCACCGCAGCCUCAUCCUGGAUGACCGGGGGCUCCGCGGCUUCCCCAAGAACCGCGUCCUGGAAGGGGUAAUUGACCGCUACCAGCAGAGCAAAGCCGCAGCCCUCAAGUGCCAGCUCUGCGAGAAGGCGCCUAAGGAGGCCACCGUCAUGUGCGAACAGUGCGAUGUCUUCUACUGCGAUCCGUGCCGCCUGCGCUGCCACCCGCCCCGAGGGCCCCUAGCCAAGCACCGCCUGGUACCCCCGGCCCAGGGCCGCGUGAGCCGGCGGUUGAGCCCGCGCAAGGUCUCCACCUGCACAGACCACGAGCUGGAGAACCACAGCAUGUAUUGCGUGCAGUGCAAGAUGCCUGUGUGCUACCAGUGCUUGGAGGAGGGCAAACACUCCAGCCAUGAAGUCAAAGCUCUGGGGGCCAUGUGGAAACUGCACAAGAGCCAGCUCUCCCAGGCGCUGAACGGGCUUUCAGACAGGGCCAAGGAAGCCAAGGAGUUUCUGGUGCAGCUCCGCAACAUGGUCCAGCAGAUCCAGGAGAACAGUGUGGAGUUUGAGGCUUGCCUAGUGGCCCAAUGUGAUGCCCUCAUCGACGCCCUCAACAGAAGGAAAGCCCAGCUGCUUGCACGUGUCAACAAGGAGCAUGAGCACAAGCUGAAGGUGGUUCGAGAUCAGAUCUCUCACUGCACAGUGAAAUUGCGCCAGACCACAGGUCUCAUGGAGUACUGCCUGGAGGUCAUUAAGGAAAAUGAUCCCAGUGGCUUUUUGCAGAUUUCCGACGCCCUCAUAAGGAGGGUGCACCUGACUGAGGACCAGUGGGGGAAAGGCACGCUCACUCCCAGGAUGACCACGGACUUCGACCUGAGUCUGGACAACAGCCCUCUGCUGCAAUCCAUUCACCAGCUCGACUUUGUGCAGAUGAAAGCUUCCUCUCCAGUCCCAGCAACCCCCAUCCUGCAGCUGGAGGAGUGUUGCACCCACAACAACAGCGCCACGCUGUCCUGGAAACAGCCACCUCUGUCCACGGUGCCUGCUGAAGGCUACAUUCUGGAGCUGGAUGAUGGCAAUGGUGGUCAGUUCCGGGAAGUGUAUGUUGGGAAGGAGACGAUGUGCACCGUGGAUGGUCUUCACUUCAACAGCACAUACAACGCUCGCAUCAAGGCCUUCAACAAAACAGGAGUCAGCCAGUACAGCAAGACCCUGGUCCUCCAAACGUCUGAGGUGGCCUGGUUUGCUUUCGACCCUGGCUCGGCACACGCUGACAUCAUCUUCUCCAAUGACAACCUGACAGUGACCUGCAGCAGCUAUGAUGACCGGGUGGUGCUGGGGAAGACUGGCUUCUCCAAGGGCGUCCACUACUGGGAGCUAACCGUGGAUCGCUAUGACAACCACCCUGACCCUGCCUUCGGUGUGGCUCGCAUGGACGUGAUGAAGGAUGUGAUGUUAGGGAAGGAUGACAAAGCUUGGGCAAUGUAUGUGGACAAUCACCGGAGCUGGUUCAUGCACAACAACUCGCACACCAACAGAACGGAGGGAGGGAUCACCAAGGGGGCCACAAUCGGGGUCCUCCUCGACUUGAACAGGAAAACCUUGACCUUUUUUAUCAACGACGAACAGCAGGGUCCCAUAGCCUUCGAGAACGUGGAAGGCCUGUUCUUCCCGGCGGUCAGCCUGAACAGGAACGUGCAGGUCACGCUUCACACCGGGCUCCCAGUCCCUGACUUCUACUCCAGCAGAGCAUCAAUAGCCUAA